AGAGAGAGAGAGAGAGAGAGAGAGAGAGAGAGAGAGAGAGAGAGAGAGAGCGAAAAGGCGCUCCGGGGCGGUGUCCUCUUUGGUUUCCCCGCAUCUCAAUGACCAGAAUCUGGACCGAGGCUUGACAAUCCGGACCUGACGGGACAGGACUGUACUCCAUUUCUAUGACAACAGAGAAGGCUUUGGAAAUGAAGACAGCAAUGGAGGGUGACGCCAGAAAGACCAAUCAGGUUCCUGAGGACCAAGGCGAUAUGGAUGAUAGCUCUGAGAAGACACCAAGCAAAGCCUCCAGGUCGCCACAGAAAAGCACCAAACGGCUUAAGACCGUGCCCAUCAAAGUUACUCUACUUGAUGGCUCGGAUUACGAGGCUGCAGUUGAGAAAUUUGCCAAAGGCCAGACUCUGCUGGAUAUGGUGUGUGGCCAUCUGAACCUGCUGGAGAGAGACUACUUUGGCCUGAAUUUCACCGACACAGAUAGUUCUAAGAAUUGGUUGGAUCCCUCUAAAGAGAUAAAGAAACAGAUUCGAGUCGGUUCCUGGAUUUUUGGGUUUGCUGUGAAGUUCUAUCCCCCAGACCCGUCUGUGCUAAUUGAAGACAUCACCAGGUAUUACUUGUGUCUGCAGCUGAGAGAUGACAUCCUGUCGGGUCGCCUCCCCUGCUCGUUUGUCACUCAUGCACUGCUGGGCUCUUACACGGUUCAGGCCGAACUGGGAGACUAUGACCCUGAGGAACACGGCCCCGACUACGUCAGUGAGUUCCACUUCGCCCCCAACCAAACACGAGAGCUGGAGGAGAGAGUGAUGGAGCUGCACCGGAACUACAGGGGGAUGACUCCUGCAGAAGCAGAAAUGAACUUUCUCGAAAACGCUAAGAAGCUCUCAAUGUAUGGAGUGGACCUGCAUCAUGCUAAGGAUUCAGAAGGAAUCGAGAUAAUGCUCGGUGUGAGUGCAAACGGGCUGCUCAUCUACCGAGACCGUCUCAGGAUCAAUCGUUUUGCCUGGCCUAAAAUUCUCAAGAUCUCAUACAAAAGAAGCAACUUCUACAUCAAAAUCCGCCCCGGAGAGUACGAACAGUUUGAGAGCACCAUAGGCUUCAAGCUGCCCAACCAUCGGGCCUCGAAGCGUUUGUGGAAGGUCUGCAUAGAGCACCACACCUUCUUCAGGUUGGUCUCCCCAGAGCCCCCUCCCAAGGGUUUCCUCGUGAUUGGCUCCAAGUUCCGCUACAGUGGGCGGACCCAAGCCCAGACCAGACAGGCCAGUGCUUUGAUUGACAGGCCUGCACCACAGUUUGAUAGAUCUGUUAGCAAGCGGUACCUGCUGCCUCGAAGUAUAGAUGGAGCCUCGGCUCUAGGUGACAGUAUGUACCAGCUGUCUCAAAAAAGCUCCAGCGAACGCACGCAGUUUAUGUCUCGAGAAGACCUGGAUCAAGAGGGCAGUCUCGACCUGGACCACGAUCAGUAUCAGGAUGAAGACCAGGACCAAUAUGCAGAUCAGGAAGAGGAACAACAGGAAAGACAAAACCGGAAACAGACGUGUGCGAGCUCUUCAACCCCCAACAAAACCUUGGAGCUCAAGGAUGAGGAGUCAGGCUCACCUGUAGACUCAAUGCCAGAGGAUGUGGUCCACCUUCGGCCCAAACAGGAGCAGUUCUUGGACAAGCCAGAAGAUGUUUUACAAAAGCACCAGGCCAGCAUCAAUGAACUGAAGAGGGCUCUGAAGCAGCCAAACAGUAAGAUGGCCCAGAGGGAGAAACGCAUCGCUUCAGCCGCUCCUCCAGCAGGAACCCCUGAGUGGAAAUCAGAGACACCGCCCACACCUGCGAUCCAUGAGGAGCCCUUCAACGAGGCUUCAAGGGAACCGUGGGAGAGACGUCUGGGCUCCGUAUCCGAAGACGACCAGGACCACGAGAUCCUGUACCUAAAGGAAACCCAUCUGGGAAUUGAGCGUAAAUGUUCCAGCAUCACGGUUAGUUCUACAUCCAGUCUAGAGGCCGAAGUAGACUUCACCGUCCUAACAGACCUGCAGACGGGCAUGGAGGAGUUUUCCAGGGGGAUGACAGAGUUGGGAGAGAGGGAUCUCUCCCCUGACAGGGGACUGUGCUUUGGCAUCGACUUUCUCCACCAACAAGGCCCCGCUGAAUUGAAUCCUCCUUUGGCACCAGCUCCAACCCCCAGAGGAGCCAGCAGCAGCCCCCCGGCUAAACUUUUCCAACAUGAAGAGGUCCGACCAGAGGUCAAACGGCCCGAGGGUCAGCCCAUUGUUCCCAAAAAACCAAAGAGGUCGGUGCCAGUGUCGUCGUCAGUGGACAGAGAUCAGUCCCACAAAGAACCCAGCCGAGUUUCUGCCGCCGCGCCGCUGAGCAGGGAGGCCAGUGACAUCAUGCCCACACCAGCUGUCAGGAAAACUGACAUCAGAAUGGAAACUCAACCCAAUGGGUCAGAACUCACCACUACCAUUGUGGAGUUCACAGAUCAGGAUCAUAGCCUAAAUGAAGUUUCUUACUCUACAAGACAAAGUGUUUCUCCUGUGCACAAGGGCAGUCUUGGAAGAGAGACGCCAGGCUCGCCUAUUCUUGUGACUGAAAACGUUACCUCUGCAACGACUCAUGUCACAAAGACGGUGAAAGGAGGAUACUCGGAGACGAGAAUCGAGAAGAGGAUUAUAAUCACAGGAGAUGAUGAUGUAGAUCAGGAGCAGGCUUUGGCCAUCGCAAUACAAGAAGCCAAGCAGCAGCAUCCAGACAUGCAGGUGACCAAGGCAGUUGUUAUUAGGGAAACUGAAUCAUCCACUGAGGAUCGACACGGCACGCCAUAGUGCCAGUAUACUGAGACAACAGUGCCCCCUCCUGGACCAGAAGUGUCAGUACCUUGCCUGGAUUUGCCACCCACCAUCCCAAGGACAGCUACUAUGAGACUCUUGUACCGUUUAAUGGUGAAAUGGACCUCCUUUUGGAAUUCAUACGUUUAUUUCUUUUAGGCGUUUCUCUACUGUGAUCACACGUGUUCAGUUGCAUCAAUAAAAAAUCGUUUUCUUCAGCUGGUCAAUAAGAAAAGAACCAAAAAUAUUCCACAAUAAUAAUCCAGCUAAAUUCCCCGCAAACCUCUCAGGGCUUUAAGAUUUAAAUUACCCGAGUGUUUCUCAAAAAGUUCGAUGACAAGCCUGUACAUGGAUGACAUCCGAUGCAGGAGGCAUCUUUAGGGAAAUUUGGAACGAGUCUCGUUCAGUCACCAAAGUGUGGAGAAAAAUAAACACACCCUGUUGGACACAUUUUCUUUUUUCUUAAAACUUUGUUCAUGAGUAAUAUGCUAUGCUAAUUGUAGCUUCGAGCAGUAAGGCAGGAUGUAGUUGUUAGGAGUUCCUAACAAUGCCAGUCAAAAGAUCAAAUGUCCUAACUGAUCAAAUGUCCUAACUGAUAGACUGUGUGCUAACUAGAGACGAUCUUAGUCUUUUGAAGGUAUUUAUUCAACUUUUCCGGUCACUAUUCUUCUCCCAGUCUGUCAUGUGUUUAAUAUUUCUGUGUGUUUCACCUUGAUGUGUGGGUGGCAAGUAUGCAACAGUAUGCAUAAACUGUAGGUGACAUAAGGCACUGUUAAUUUAACUGUGUACCUGCUGCAUUCAUUCAAAACGGUGGCAGCAGAUUUUCUAAUCAUGAAGCGGUUUUGAAAUGAGCCCAGGUUUUUAUUUUCCCUCUUCCUUGUCCUUAAAUGUGCCGUCAGAAUUCAGCGGGAUGUAACGCCACUUUGGCAUUUUUGUGUAGUAAACGCAUAGAGUAGGCUCACAAACCAAUUGCAUCAAUAAUAAUAAAAAAAAUAGUCCUUGAGAUGUUUGCAUGGUAAUUUUCUUGCAUUAUUCGAAUUAUAAUAAGAGGACAAUGGACUCAGAGGAAAGAGGUUAAUGUAAACAGCCUGACAGAAACAUGGAGAGGUUUACAUUUGGCUUCAAGAACAAAAUUUGGUUUUUUGAGAGGAAAUCAAUUCUUUUUGAGAUAAUAUAAUUAAUGUCAAAUGCACAAAAUGUAACCCUGAAAUCCAAUGAAAGCACCUUGGUGUUUGUGGUUCUUUUAUUUUUGGUAAAGUUAUGUAUUAUUUGCUUUUUUAUUUUAAACCACUGGUGCUGUACAAUAUAUAUGAACAUAUCAGCUCGUUUUUUUUUUUACUUUGCACUAAAAGAACAAUGAAGUGGUCUGUUUUGUUGAAAUAACUAAUGUUCUGUUUUCUACCAUUGUUAAUUUACUACCAGUUUAUCCUUUCAAUCUACUUUGUUGAUUAUGAAAUAAUGCGUCCGUGCUAUUCCAACACAUCCUGUAAAAUGUUUUCAUUAAAAGAAACAACACUGUAGGACAAACAUCUCUGGAGUUUUAGCUGUGUGCGAUUUAGUAGAUGAAUGUUAGACAAAUGCCACAACCAUGUGAUGUGCCAAUUAAGAUAAAUAAUUGUACAAAAUACUGGUUUUGUAUGAAGAUGCUGUUUUUUUAAGAACAAGCUACUUUUAAUUACAAAAGUGCCAGAAGGUCAAAUGCAUAAACUUGACAUGACAUGGGUUCCCUUUAAUUAUGCUAUUAUUAACUUAAAAAAACUAUAUUUUAUAUUUAAAAUAAUUUAUACAGCUUAAAUAAAUCCAUUGGGUUGAUUGAGAACAGUGCUGUAAAUGGUCAUGUCAGGUUUAUGAAGAUACUGAGGUAUAACUUUGGCUUUCAGACACUAAACUUCACAAUGUUCACAUGCAUAGUGAUCUUUCUGUUGUGUUCCCUAUUUUGGUUUGGAAUCUUUUAAAGUGAUGGUUAAUCAUGGAUAUGGGUGUCAAACUGGAAAGCUGAAGGAAAAAAAAAGAAGAAAAAAGAAACACAGCCUAGCAUACCUGUGUGCUGUUCGUUUGGUGCCGUUUGGUGGAUCGUAAAGAUGUGAAGUAGUUAAAAGCCACGGGCGUGGUGUACACUAGGCGGCAUCAGUUACCUACAAGAAGCGAGCUUUGCAUCAUCAACAAGCAUUCCCGGCUGAAAUCCUUCUCACCACUUCUCUAGGAUUAAAAGUUAUCCAAAUCUUCCUCGGAUCAACCUGUAAAGACAGACCGACCGUCCCAUGUUAAGAUGAAGCUCUGACAAACAACCAGACUGUUUGCAGAAACGCGUCUUCUUGGAUGACCUGUGGUUGAUUCAUGAACUUCUCUGCUUCCACUCCAUCCCUCCUGCUCUGCUGCUUUCCACUGCUUGGUGCUGUCUUUGCUGUACAUUGUAAUUAAAUUCCUUAAAAAAAUAAAAUAAAGAUGAGGACAAGAACAA